AUGAAUCAAACAAAGAUAGUUCUUGUAACUGGAUGUUCAUCAGGUAUUGGUAAAUCAUUUGUUAAAGAUUUUGGGUCUAGAAGAAACUACAAAGUAUAUGCAUCGGCAAGAAACUUGGAUUCAAUUAGAUCAUUGGAAAGUGAAGGUUUUGAAAUCAUCCAAUUAGAUGUAACCAAAUUAGAAUCAAUUAAAAGUGCUGUACAAUCAAUCAUUGAAAAGGAAGGUAGAAUUGAUAUUUUAAUUAAUAAUGCUGGAGUUGGUAAUUAUUCACCAUUGAUUGAAUUGGAUGAUGAAGAAGCACACAAGAUUAUGGAAACUAAUUUCUUUGGUACUGUCAAUUGUACAAAUGUCAUUGCAAAGUAUAUGGUCAAUCAAAGAGAUGGUAUCAUUUUAAAUGUUGGUAGUAUUGUUGGUCUAUCACCAACUCCAUUCACUGGAAUGUAUUGUGCUUCAAAGGCUGCUAUUCAUGCUUGGUCUGAUACAUUAAGAAUGGAAUUAAUACCAUUUAAUAUUAAAGUAGUUUUGGUGAUACCUGGAUCAAUUGUUUCAGAGAUUUCAAAUAAUGCCAAACCACAAUUGGAGGGAUUACUUGCACAAGGAUCAAUCUAUGGUCAAAUCAAAACUUAUUUAUUGGCACGUACUUUAAAGAUUAAUAAUAUGCCAUCAGAUGUAUUUGUCAAAUACACUUUGGACAAGACAUUGGUAGAUAAUCCACCACAUAUCUUUUCAUAUGGUCCAAAUGCUUUUACAUUCAAUGUCCUAUACUAUCUACCAAAAUGGGUUAGUAUUUCAAUGUUUACUAAAAAUGCUGGCUUACUCAAACUAAAGGAAUUGGUUCAACAACAACAACAACCUCUUGUACAACAAGGAUCAGCUCAAUCAAACUAA